AUGUCGCUCGGAAACCAUCCAACUUUGGACCUGACUUUGGACGAAUGGGAUUUAAGCUGCUUCGAACUCGAGCAACCGCAGAUCGCAGGUGGCAGCGACCCCAGCCAGAAUGUUGACCGGUGGCCAACAGCCGUUGCCUGUGCUUGUCCGGCCUACAGUCAGCUUGUCCACGUACAGCAGCAGUUUGCACAUCGGGUGUGUAAUGUUGAGGUCGAUCAACAGACUCUCAAAGAGUGGGCUAGCAAAGCCUCCGUUCGCAUCAACGAUCUGCAAUUGAAGAGGAAUGGAAUGUCGCCUUUACAGGCUCAUUUCGGAUCGUUGAUCGGAGGCGUGACCAGAAACAACAAGACAACGGUGGAUAGUGAGCAACGUCAGGCACUCAUGGAUGUGAUCAUCGCCUUCGAAACGCAUCAUCCUCGAUUCCUGCCUUAUACGAUAUAG